AUGGCGAAAACUCCCAAAUUGAAAACCAAUUCCAGAUCAAAAUCAGCGCAUUCUCGAGCAGCAAGACGAGAGGUUUCGCCUUCUGUAAAUGUUGACAAGUCCUUAACCUCGCUCCCUCGAGCGGAGAGGACCAACACUUCAGUCCCAGCAGUGCUUGGGGCCCAGCACAACUCUGGAGUAUCAAAGAAAGGCAAGAAACCGAAAUCAAGAGCCCAGCGACUGCGGCAGGAAAAAGGUUUAGAGCGAGCAGAAGUGGUACUUGAUAAAAGGGAGAAGAAGGUUACUAAGAGUGUACGGAAAUUAUCUGGUGUAAAAGCACGAAAGGUAACGUGGGACGAAUUAAACAAGAAGAUAAGCCAUGCGCCAGAGAAGGAGAAGGAGAAGGGAGAGACGGGGGAUGUAGACAUUGUGGACACGAACGAGAUGGAGGCUGAGAUAACACUCCCUCCGCCCAAAGCACCAAGUAAUCCUGUGGAUAUCCCAACUGAGCAGGAAGAGCAGACUGGACUCGAUCUUGAUGAAGAUAUUACUUAA